UGAUAGGUCCGAGCUUGGCAUUCGAAGUGUCCCCGCCGCUGUUGAUUGGCUGGCCGGGCGGACCCCCGCGGAGACGGGUGGGCGGGGUCUCUCCCCCCCUCCUUUGAAAAUAGGCAACCGGGCGCUCCUCGCCCAGCUGCUGUUGCUGCCUUUGUCUUGCGGACGCUGCCCGGGCGAGGCGAGGCGAGACCAGACGAGCAAGCGCUAAGCUGCCCUCCGUCUGGGAAAGCUGCCCUGCCCGCCAGCAGAACCUGGGAGCUGCCGAUCUCUCCGCCUUCUCCCCUUUGCAGGCUGCCGUCCGUCUGGGAAAGCUGCUCGCAGAGCCCGGGACUGUGCUAGGAGAGAGAGAGAGCCCUGAUCUUGCUGCCUUCUCUUCUCCGCAGGCUGCCGUCCGUCUGGGAAAGCUGCCCUGCCUUUCCCCGCCCGCCAAUAAGAGACCGCUCCAGUGCUUGACAACAGCCAGCCCAGGGCAUGUGAAUCCUUCCCUUGAGGAUUGUCGCACAAGAAGUCUCGCGGGGAAUCAGACGGCGCCAGCUUGCCAUGCCGGUGGAGACCCUCCAAGCCAGCCGUGCCAUGAGCACCGUGACGGCCACGGCCCCCUUCACCUCCGCCAUGCCCUUCCGUAUCCUCAACAAGGGCCCCGAGUACUUUCGCCGGCCUCCGGUCAGCACUUCCCGGAAGCUCAGCGCCGUGGAACGCCUGGAAGCGGACAAAGCCAAGUACGUCAAGAGUCAACAAGUGGCCACCACCAAACAAGACCCCGUCCGGCCGUUGUUGCUCAAACAGCCGCUCUUCACCCCCGGGGUCAGGCGGGCAAUGUUCACACCCAACCGCAAGGUCCCUCAAGUGGGGCGGCGGGGAGAAGGCGGCGGGGCCAAAUCCUCCCUCAACUUGGAAAUCCUGAACAACUUGAUCAAUUUUUGCGACAGCCCCCUUUCCUUCCCCAAACCGGAGUUGAGCCCUUCGGACAGCCCUUGGCUAUCCAAGGUCCAUAGCCGGAAUCUGGAAAACCUCCCUUCCACCCCUAAGAAGAAGGCCACGACCGACAUGAGCAAACUCUCGCAAAGUUCGGCAUCCUCCAAGCCAUCCAGCACUGUGGCCGUCCGCCGAGUGGACGUCAGGCCCUGUGGGCUGUCGCCGGCCAGAGGUGCCCCCGCUAUCCAACUGUCUCCGCUCCCUGCUCCCCCAGCACCCCCCAAAAACCUGCCUGCCACCCCUCUCAGCUGCCCGAGCCCGAGGGCGGAGUCGCGGACCGAUAGCGCCAAACGCCAGACCUUGUUACACCGGUCCAAAUCGGACUUGAGCGACCGAUAUUCGCGGGCCACGGCCGACUUGGAACGCUUCUUCAACUAUUGCGGUUUGGAUCCCGAAGACGUCGGCGACAUGGAGAUGGAGAGGUUCACUCGAGCCAGCUCGGACAUCGUGUCCGUCAAGUUCCACAGCGUCAGCACCAGCAGUUCGGUGGGGACCCACUCGCGACGCAGCACGGUUACUGUGGAAGACAGGCAAGCCGAACGCAUGCCGUACGGGAUCUCCAUCAUCGAACGUAACGCUCGGGUGAUCAAGUGGCUUUAUGGACUCAGGCAAGCCAAAGAGGCGCACAAGGUAUCCAACGUAUAGCAGCCGCCCGUCGGUGAGGGGGUGGGUGGGAACUCCCAACGACGAGGGACGAGCCCCUCAACGUCGCCCAAGGCCCUUUAUUUCUCUUUGCAACUCGAGAAGAACAUACGUUGUCUCCAGGACGUGUGGGACCACUUGAUAUUCUGCCCACCCGGAGAUCCCUCGCGUCACCUUAACCUUAACAUCCUUUCCACCGUCUGGGGACUUUGGAAUCGUGCAGGGAUCGCUUGCACUCUAUUCCCCAUCCAAGCUUGAGGCUUGUCAAGACACACGCACGCACGCACACAGAAAUGGAGAAAACUGUGGGGCCCUUGGUGCUGUCUGAACUUGGCUGUUUUGCUUGCAGAUGUUUCGUGACCCAACUCGGUAACGUCAUCCGUGCUAGAUGGGAGGGGGGGGUGUUGCUCUCUGUUUAUAAACGAGUGGCUUGUCUUUGUCUGUGUUGCUGGGGAAGUGUUUUUUGUGGUUCCUUGAUAAGGCUGUUGUUGACUGUCGGGUCCUUGGUGCUCUCUGAGCUUGGUGGUUUCCUUGCAGAUGUCUUUUGACCCAACUAGGGAAUAUCAUCAGUGCUAGAAGGGAGUCGGGUUUGCAGAGAGGAGGAGAGGGACGGUGGCAAUUUUGAGGUUCCUUGGGGGCUCUCUGAGCUCGGUGGUUUUCUUGCAACCAGUUCAUUACCCAACUAGGUGACAUCAUCCAUGUUAGAACAUGGAUGAUGUCACCUAGUUGCGGGGCCCUAAGGCAGGACUAGAACUCACAACCUUAGAAAGCACCAUGGACUCCACAGCUCAUCCCUGAGCUACAAAUGCUCUCUUCCAUUGGUUGUCGUUUACUAUUUUCUGAAAACCGUAACUUCUUCACCUGCUCAAAAUUUUCCAAGAGGGGACCAGCCUGGAUGAUGAUGAUGGGAGUCUUUUUCAAGGACCCUCAUUUCGAGUCUCAGUGGGUGUCCUUAAAAUCGGCACCCAGCCUCCUGUUCUCUCAGGGGAAGCCCCCCGCCCCGCUCCCCAAAUUGUAAUCGCCUCAAAGGAGGAGUUUGCCAUGUCCUCCCCACUCUGAUUGUGCCGUAGUAGUGCCAGCUACGUCCCGUGCCACAUGAUCGCGCGUUGGAAGUGACAUCAUGUGAGUUUGCCCACGACGCCAUCGUCCUGUCGUCAGCAUCGCACGGUUAACCCUCGCUUCCUCUCCUGCACACCUAUUGCUCAGGAGUGGAAGAAUUUAAAAAAAACCCACCAAGGCUAUCAAAUUAGAAGCCGAGAUGUUUUUUUUCUCCGAGGGUGGCAUGGCACCCCUUGGUGGGGGUUUCGCCCUGGGAACGGAGCUCGAACCUAAGGCGGGAUUUUUAUUUUAUUUUUUGUAGCCAAAGCAACACACAGCACCUGGGGACAAUAGAAGGCGGAAUGGCUGAGCGAGCUAGAAAAUCCCUACGUUUUAUUGUUAAGCAGGUGAAAGAACGCAAAAAAAAAAAACCCCGUCUUGGCUUACGACCAAGAAAGGCUUCCUGGCGGAACACGGGGCAAAAUCCACGCCAGCUCCCAAGGACUCCUCAUAUGCAAAUGAGAAGUUUUUGGUGGCCACUCCCACAAGAGGAGGCUUGUGGGCAUGGCUUAGGCCAGGUGAGGGGAGAGGUACCCAUCUGCAGGUCAAGAGAGAAUGUCUAAAAUUCCCACUAGGGUUACAGGCAGUCCUCGACUUACGGCCCACUCCUUUAGUGGCCAAAGUUACAACGUCGCGGGAAAACCGGAAGGUUUUUUACGCUUUUGACCGUCUUAAGCAUCCCUGGCGGUCAGAAUUUGGGCAAUUUGGCCUGCACUGAUGACGUUUGGGCUCAUUUGAUUGCCAGUUUCACUUAACGACCGUGUGAUUCGCUUAAGAACCUGCGGCGAGCCGCUUAACGACUAUGCUGAAAAGGUUUGCCAAACGGGGCGAAACAAGUCACUUAACCGUGAAAUUUUUGGGCUCCGUUGUUGGCCGUAAGUCGAGGAUUAUAACCUGUACCGGGCUGGGGAUGAGGGGAGUUGUAGUCCACCCACCUUGGAAAGUGCCAGAUUCGGUCAAAAUGGUUUUGUGAUUUAUUUUUAUUUUUUUUGCUUAGUGGGUUUUUUUUUGGCUUCCAAUUAUCUAUUGUCUUUUUUUUCCCCCUCCCUUCUGGAGAAAAAAGCUCUACAAAUCAGCCCGAUAUAUUUUAGCCGAGCCAGGCACGCUGUGUGUGCGAACGCAUCCUUUGUGUCUGGAUAUCUUGUAGUCCAACCUCUUUCAGCUACCUUUCCUGCCCAUCCUUGUUGAACGAAACGGAGUCAGACACGAUUCCGGAAACAAAAAACUGCCUCUUUGGACAUCAUAAGUCUUGCCCGCAGAAGCUGUGAAUGCUCCAACACUGGAAAUUUUUUAAGAAAACGUUGACUAGCCAUUUGUCUGAAACGGUGUAGGGUUUCCUGCCUGGGCAGGGGCGGGUUGGAUUAGAAGACCUCUAAGGUCCCUUCCAACUCUGUUAUGUUAUCUAGCCUCGUGGCAGAUUUAAAUUGGGCCAAAAUCGUUUCUUAUUUUUUGCGCGUAUGGGACGGCAGUCCAGAAGGUGGCAAGAUUUUAAUGGAGGGGGGGACGGAGCGGGGGGGGGGGAAAGAGGUUUCCUGUCUUGGCUCGGGCAGUCUUGCCCAAUGGUGUCAGCUGCCAGAUGUGCAGGUAUGGUUGGACAAUAUUUCUCUCGGCAAGAGCUGGCUGCCAUCCCGUUAGCAGGGAGCAAAUCGAGGCGAAUUGUUUUGGGAAAUCCUUGAAGAUUGGGUCUGGAGGAGACCUCAAGAGGUCAUCUAGUCCAGGGGUCCCCAACCUUGGCAACUUUAAGCCUGGUGGACUUCAACUCC